AUGCAGAAGAGGUUCAGGAGUGACCAUCGUGUAUACUAUCAGAUUCAAAAGGAGAUUACUCAGAAAAAGAAGGCCUCUAAGGGUAAGGACCCUUGCACUGAGGAACUCGUUCGCAAGGCUGAGGGCGAGAAGAAAAUUCAGGAGCAGGAGAAGCUCGUUGCUGAAGUUGCCAAGUCUCGUGAUGCUGCUGUACACUCUAUCGGGAAUAUCAUCCUUCCUGAUGUGCCUGUCGGCAAUGAUGAGGACAACAACGAGGUGUACAAGAAGUGGGGUCAGCCUAGACAAAUCCUCGUCGAUGGGAAGACCCCUGGUCACCUCUACCAUCACCAGAUUAUGUACAUGCUCGGUGCUAUGGACCAGGAGCGCGGCAUUAAUAUCGUUGGUCAUCGUGGAUACUUCCUCCGUGGUGUUGGGGUCCUUCUCAAUAUGGCCCUCAUCAACUACGGUAUGAGCCUGCUUGUUAAGAAGGGUUACACCGCCCUCCAACCUCCCUUCUUUAUGAAGAAGGACAUCAUGGCUGAGACCGCCGAGUUGGGCGACUUCGAUGAGCAACUUUAUAAGGUGAGGGAGAACGAUGGGGAGUACUACCUCAUCGCCACUUCCGAGCAACCUAUCUCGGCCUACCACCGUAAAGAGUGGAUCGACGAGGACCAACUCCCUCUACGUUAUGCUGG